AUGAUAUCCCCAGUGCCAGUCACAGUCAAAGUCAUAGUUGAAGCAGAAGGUGAUAUGCUUGACAUUGCCAUGGAGGAUGCCCCUUUACUCGAUUUUCCUACUAUCCAAGAAGAGGACCUUACUCAUGCUUUUCUAGGUGGACCGACUGAUCCAUCAAUACUGCGGAGUUUUAAUAGUCAUGUCGUUGCAGUUGUUUGGCAGGGGGAGGAACGAGGGCCCCUAGAGUGUUAUAAUCACUCUUCGAAGAUCCUUGCAUGGGCAUGGUGGUUAAUAGACAACAACAUCAGAUUCAAAGCUAUGAUUGAGCGGUCUGGGUUGUCACAGUUAGCUUGUUACACUUAUCGGUUCGUCAACAAGCUUCUAAUCUCCUAUUUUGUUGAGAGAUGGCAACCGGAGAUGAACACAUUUCAUAUGACAGUUAGUGAGAUGACCUUAACCUUGGAUGAUGUUGGCACUAUUCUUAGCCUUCCCAUUGUAGGCAGAUCAGUUAGCGUUCUAGAUGUAAUGGAUCUUUAUGGAGUUAUACUAGUGGUUUCUGGCUUGGGGAUUACUGAAUAUGUAACACAUAACGGGGUUUCUACUGCUGGUGGGAGUUUAGUCAGGCUUGAGUGGUUGCGAAGUCAGUUUGCUGGUAUCACAGAUUCAGACCCAGAGGAGGCCAUAGAGUGCGCUGCUAGAGGUUAUUUGUUAUUUAUGUUGGGAUGUACGCUCUUCAGUGACAAGAGUGGUACCAGGGUUCCUGUUGUUUACCUUGGCUUAUUAAUGGAUUUGGGAUUUAUUCAUACUUAUGCCUGGGGUGCUGCUGCAUUAGCAUUUUUAUACAGACAGUUGAGGUAUGCUAGUCGAUCUCGUGUGAAGCAGAUCGGUGGUUAUAUGACUCUUUUGGAGGUGUGGAUUUAUGAGCACUUCCGAGCAUUCUGA